AUGACUCAUCUUCCCUUUGAGCUCAUCUAUAUCAUUCUCGAGAACCUGGAGAAAGAUGUGAAAGAUAGCCUUGCACCUCCCUAUAGAAACGAUCUACAUCACGACCGCCAAAUCGGCCAGAAUGAUUGGCAGAGCUUAUUCCUAACGUUAUCUACAAUACUGAAUUUGUCGCUAGCCAGCCGCAAUCAUCGAAUACAGAUAGCUCCGAGACUAGCUCAUCAUCUGGCACUCGUUUUGAAGCAAGUUGCCAUUGCUCCAUGGCCUUUGAUUGACACGCCUGAAACGGAAAUCAAUGUGCAUGGGAGUGUUCGAUCGCUCUUGAGUCUGGCACGAUAUGUCAAAAGCAUCGAUGCCCUGGACACAAGACUUCAAGCUUGGGCUGUCCAUCAGACUCUACCAGUAAAGCCCUGGUAUCCUAACUGCGGCCCUCUUUGGCAAGCUGUAAAACACCGCUCUCUCUGCUGGGCCGAAUUCCUCAUGCCCCAAUUUUACCGCCUUCAAUGCUUGGCACCAACCACAUUUUGUCCGAGAUACAAUGCGAAGAAAGACAGGCUUGAACUCUUCACCUGUACAAUGGCUGAGGAGGAGAUGGCGUUGAAACGCGAUGAGGAUUUCGAGGGUCUCAAUUUCCGAGAGAUGGAAAAGGCAAUGGAGCUCGACAAGAACAGCGGAUGUCGAAAAGUGCUAUUCAAGUACUGCAGAAGGUACGAUUGA